AUGAAGAAGAUUCUUGAAUGCUACAAAGGUUUUGAUAAUGUAAAAAAGCUUGUGGAUGUUGGAGGUGGCCUUGGGGUCAACAUUAACUCAGUUACUUCCAAAUACCCUCAUAUUAAGGGUAUUAAUUUCGACUUGCCUCAUGUCAUAGAACAUGCUCCUUCUUAUCCAGGAGUUGAACAUAUUGGUGGAGAUAUGUUUGAAAAUGUGCCUAAAGGAGAUGCCAUUUUUAUGAAGUGGAUACUUCAUGAUUGGAGCGAUGAGCAUUGCUUAAAGCUUUUGAAGAAUUGUUAUGAUGCUAUUCCUGAUGAUGGAAAAGUGAUUGUUUUGGAGGCGCUUCUUCCUAUUAUACCUGAAAAUGGAUAUGCUUCCAAGUGUAUCUCUCAAUUGGAUGUUUUGAUGAUGGCACUAAAUCCAGGUGGUAAAGAACGAAGUAAGCAAGAAUUUGAAGAUUUGGCAACAAGAGUUGGAUUUAGUGGCAUCAAAUAUGAAUGUAGUGUUCGUAACUUUUGGAUUAUGGAGUUUUUUAAAUAA